GGAAGAGGUCUUACUUUGAUUGCUUCAUCACUUUAAGAGUAGAAGAUGUAUGUGUGUGAAGGUGCACUUUUGUGUCUCAUUGUGCUGUUUUUGCCUCUCACUGCACCGCAUGUUGUGCUGAAGUUCAGUGAUGUUCCAGAAUGUGAGCAGUUCUUUUUGGAUAAAACACCACCAGAGAUAUCUGGCAUUCUUGUUGGAGGAAAUGUUCAAGAUCAGAAUCGUUAUAAAGUAAUAUGCCAAUUUUUCAGUGACAAAUACAGGUUUGCUACUCUCUAUGAUACGAGCAACAGGAUCCCUGUGUUUUCUGCUUAUAAAUUCACUGGGAAAAAGGAGCCUACUACAAAAAUUAACCGUAACUAUAUUGAGCCACAGCUUGAAGAGCUACAGAAAGAGAUGACAGGAUAUUUAAAAACGAGGUGUGAAAAGCAAGCUACUUCUCACGAUUACGACAAAUCAACUAGUGAAAAUCUUACCAAGGGUCACCUCUUUCCAAAACAACAUUCCAGUGAUAUUGAAACAGAAAAUUCCACCAUGACUCUCACCAACAUGGUCCCUCAGAAUAAAGACUUCAAUUCAGGCCCAUGGAGCCAAAUGGAGAUGAAUGUUUUUAAUUUAAUGAACACGCACUGCAGCAAUACAAAUGGAAACAUAGAGGCUUAUGUGGUGACUGGAACUGUUCCUGGCAAUCAGGUACUGGCGAGCAGAGUGAACAUCCCCAAGCUGAUGUGGACGGCUUUCUGCUGUAAGACAAAUAAUGGGGAAUGGAUGUCAAAGGCACACUGGGGAGAAAAUGUGAAUACAACUGGUACAAUGGAGACAAAGACUGUUACAGAGAUGCAAAACAAACUGGAAGAAUCUUAUGAUGCUGACAUGGUGCAGAUAUUUCCACACCAAUGUGAGAAAGGGCACCUAUUCCCCAUGGGGAGGUUCUACCGCUACCAGUUCUACCAAAGGCAUUUGAAGAAACGGGUUAUGCGUCGUCAAAGGAAGCGUCUCCGCAUUCUCCACAGUGAUAAGUAACAGGACUGCAGAGGUCCUCAGUAACCAUUCUUGCUUUCCCCAUGGGGAUCAAUAAAGUUUCAGUCAUUCGUUCA